AUGCCCGCCGCAUCCCGCACGCUUGUCGGAGUUUUGACGGGGGAAAGUGGUAGAUGGUUUAGGGGUAAGGUUUGUGCAUACGUAAAGGGUAUGGAUUUCAACGAAGUGCCUUACGAGGAGAUUCAGGAAGAUUUGUAUACUCCCCUCGAGAUAUCUAUCGGAAAAUUUAAUCGGAACAUGGAAUUAUUUUGGGAAAUUAUAGUGCGGGAGGAAUACAAGGAUUCGUGUUUUAUUCAGGUAGCGUACUUCGAUUCCAUUAAUUGGGAUUUUGAUAAGAAGGUUAUAGAUACUAAGUUAUUGUCCGGCUUGGACGACAUUUGUAAAACUAAAAAAGAUUUUAUGAAAUAUCUUCAGAAUCCAGCUAUAAGAUGGGAAUCGUGA